CCCCCAGAAGGCUCUAUAUAUUAGGGUUCUCUGCAGCCCUUUUUCCGGCCGCUUGUUAUUUUGUACUUGCUUUAAUUAUAUAUCAACAGAUCGAUCUUAGAAGCUAGCUGCAGCAGCCAUGAGCAGAGGUGGGAGCUAUGGCGGAGGGCAAAGUUCGUUGGGCUACCUCUUUGGCUCCGAUGAGAAACCGAACGCUGCUCCUCCCCCAAGGACAGUCAACCCUCCUCCAUACGGUAUCGAUACUGUCACAGAUCAGAAGCCUCCUGAUGGUCGUUCUCCUACAGAGAAAGAAAAAGUUUCAAACAACUACCACCGAGCUCAAGGCCAAAAUUCAGGAAACUUCAUAACUGAUCGUCCAUCAACAAAAGUCAAAUCCGUACCAGGUGGAGAUUCAUCUCUCGGUUACUUGUUUGGAGAUAAGUAAUUUAAUUUUCUUUCUCCAAAACUAUUAUGUGGGUUUUUAAUAAUAUGUAAAAUAAGGGAUUCAGUUCUUCCCAUAACGGUUGGAUUUGCAAAGGUUCUUCAAAUUUAUGUAUGGUGUUUGAUUUCAUAUA